UGACGUCACCAGUCCCUUUCGUUUUUUCCUUCGGCGUCGACUCGGCCGGGAUUGUAGUUGCGAGCGUCUAGAAGCUUCUCAGCGCCCACAAGAUGCCGCGUGUUUACAUAGGACGACUGAGCUAUCAUGUCCGCGAAAAAGACAUCCAGCGGUUCUUUGGCGGAUUCGGAAAGCUCUUGGAAGUCGAUUUAAAAAAUGGAUACGGAUUUGUGGAGUUUGAAGACAACCGGGACGCCGACGACGCCGUGUACGAGUGCAACGGCAAGGAGCUGUGCGGCGAGCGGGUGAUCGUGGAGCACGCCCGCGGGCCACGUCGCACCCGCGAGAGCUACGGUGGGGGUCAGUGGGGUGAUCGGCGCAGCGGCGGUUACAGCAGCAGCCGCAGCAACACCGGCAGAGAGAAGUACGGACCCCCCGUCCGUACCGAAUACCGUCUGACGGUGGAGAACUUAUCCAGCCGCUGCAGUUGGCAGGACCUCAAGGACUUCAUGCGGCAGGCGGGAGAGGUCACCUACGCCGACGCCCACAAGGAGCGCGCCAACGAGGGCGUGAUCGAGUUCCGCAACAAGUCGGACAUGAAGCACGCCAUGGACAAGUUUGACGGCAUGGAAAUCAACGGGAGAAAGAUCCGCCUGGUGGAGGACCGUCCUCGCAGGCGCAGGUCCUACUCCGGCAGCCGCUCCAGAUCUCGCAGCCGCCGGCGUUCCCGCAGCAGGAGCCGCAGGAGCCGAAGCUCCAGGAGUCCAUCCAGAUCCAAAUCCAGGUCCGGUUCCCGUAGCAACAAGCGCUCCAAGUCUGGGGACCGCAAGUCCACCUCUCGAAGACGCAGGUCGCCCUCGCGCUCCAAGUCCAAGUCCAAGUCCCGCUCCCGCUCGCACAGGUCCGGCUCUCCGUCCCCGGUGCGCAAGUCCAAGUCCCGCUCAAAGAGUCGCUCCAAGAGUCGCUCCAAGGUCCGGUCCGAGCGAGACUCUCGGAGUCGGUCCAAGGAGGAGACGGAGCAGAAGUCCCGCAGUCGCUCGCCCUCCCCUGUGGAGAACGGGAACGAGGAGAGGGAGGCAAAGUCUGCGUCCCGCUCCCCGUCUCCCCGGGAGGACGAGCGCCAGUCCAGGUCCAGGUCCAGGUCCAAGUCCAAGUCCAGGUCCAAGUCCAGAGAGAAGCGCUCAGUGUCUGGCUCCAGGUCUAGAUCUGCUUCUCAGGAUUAGCACACCUCAGUUUCCAUCCUUGAAGCAGCACUUCCUGUCCUUAAGUCCUGCAUUCUGCUUUUCUUGUCCUCUGGAAGUUUCACUAUUAGGAUUAUUCAUCUGGAUCUCUAGGAGUAGUUUGGUUCUGGAUCUCAACCUGUGUGUGUGUGUCUGUCUGUCUGUCUGUCUGUCUGUGUGUGUGUGUGUGUGUGUGUGUGUGUGUGUGUGUGUGUGUGUGUGUGUGUGUGUGUGUGUGUGUGUGUGUCUGUGUGUAUAGUUGUGUGUGUGUGUGUGUGUGUGUGUGUGUCUGUGUGUAUAGUUGUGUGUGUGUGUGUGUGUGUGUGUGUGUGUGAACCACAUAGGUGUGUUUAGAUGUAAAAGAGGUAUUUGGAGCAAAAGCAGAAGUAGGAGGAUGUGAGUACACACACACACACACACACACACAUCAGAUGGAUAUACAGACACACAAGAAGUAGGAGGAUGUGAGUACACACACACACACAUCAGAUGGAUAUACAGACACACAAGAAGUAGGAGGAUGUGAGUACACACACACACAUCAGAUGGAUAUACAGACACACAAGAAGUAGGAGGAUGUGAGUACACACACACACAUCAGAUGGAUAUACAGACACACGAGGAGGAGGAUGUGAGUACACACACACACACACACACAUCAGAUGGAUAUACAGACACACAAGAAGUAGGAGGAUGUGAGUACACACACACACACACAUCAGAUGGAUAUACAGACACACAAGAAGUAGGAGGAUGUGAGUACACACACACACACAUCAGAUGGAUAUACAGACACACAAGGAGGAGGAUGUGAGUACACACACACAUCAGAUGGAUAUACAGACACACAAAAAGUAGGAGGAUGUGAGUACACACACACACACAGAUGGAUAUACAGACACACAAGAAGUAGGAGGAUGUGAGUACACACACACACACAGAUGGAUAUACAGACACACAAGGAGGAGGAUGUGAGUACACACACACACAUCAGAUGGAUAUACAGACACACAAGAAGUAGGAGGAUGUGAGUACACACACACACACACACACAUCAGAUGGAUAUACAGACACACAAGGAGGAGGAUGUGAGUACACACACACAUCAGAUGGAUAUACAGACACACAAGAAGUAGGAGGAUGUGAGUACACACACACACACACACAUCAGAUGGAUAUACAGACACACAAGGAGGAGGAUGUGAGUACACACACACAUCAGAUGGAUAUACAGACACACAAGAAGUAGGAAGAUGUGAGCACACACACACACACAGAUGGAUAUACAGACACACAAGAAGUAGGAGGAUGUGAGUACACACACACACACAUCAGAUGGAUAUACAGACACACAAGUUGAGAUCCAUGUUUGCAAGCAAUGUUGCUGCAGUAAUACUUGCAGCCACUAAUUAGUUGGCAUGGAACGUUCACAACUAGUUCCAACUUUACAAAGUAUGCAGUGUUUCUUUUUGCUAACAAUCGUCACAUUGCAUCAAAUGUGCUUUUUUUUUGUAAUUGUACGAUGAAUUAAAGACGGAAAUAAAAUCCUGUGGGAUGUAA